CUGGUGGGUGUUCCUGACGACCUGACUUACCAGUGACUUCGGUUGACAGGAAGGAAUACUUUUGAACUGAGCGACCAGUGGAGUGGCUGUGGGGGAAUGUGUUCCAAGUACGUGAAGAGCUAUUGGACCCCUAGUUAGUACAGUGUAAUGAGUUAUUGUUAAAUGUGAAUUGGGACUAUCAAGGAUAUUAACAAGAACUUGCUUGAAGUUUGGGACCCCAAAAAGGAUAUUAGUGGUAACUUGCUCGUAAAUCCGUGCACCAUGAAGCUACUCUGGAUGCUCAGUGUUAGUGUGGUGUUGAUGGUUCCGCUGCUGUCGGUUGUGCACUCCGAUCAGACCGAUUUCAAUCACAUCAAUUCGGAUGGAUCGUUCGCCUUUGGCUUGAAGAACAGCGACACACCGGGAGCACACUAUCAUACGGCCAGUGGUAACCCGAAAACCAUCGUACGUGGACGCUACGGAAGCCGCCAACCGGAUACGGGGCGCGUCGAGGAAACGGUCUACACCGCCGGUCCACGAGGGUUCCGUGCCCGUGGUCCCAAAAUCCACCGCAAACAGAGCUUAUCGCAGGUCCCACGAGGACCCAUCGGUACGCCGGAUGAUCCGCAAGCGGAUCCGUACGAUGAUCCGAGUUAUGACUUUCAGUUCAAAACGCGCAACUACCAGCGACGCGAAGGAUCCGAUAGCAAUGGACGCGUCAAUGGGCUGUACAGCUACAUCGAUGACGUCGGCGAGAAACACUCGGUACGGUAUUCUGCUGGCAGUGGCACCGGUUACGAGGUAGCGAACCCCGUACCGGAUGCACCGAACACGAUCGCCUACGAGAGUCCACUGUACAAGACGCAUAAGCAGGUCCGCGGUAAGGUAGCGUUCGAGAGUGGUCCCACGGGAUCCGGCCAGUACAAAUUGCUCUCGGUUGGACCGGACCAGCGUCGAGCGGAAACGACCGGUCCGGAUGGUGUGACGCGCGGUUCCUACUCCUAUCUGGACGAUAAGGGUGUACAGCGAACGGUCCAGUACAUCGCCGGUGCCGGCAUCGGGUACAAAGUGGUACAGAGCACCGUUGGUGCCGGAACGCAUCGGCUGCCACAGCCCAACUUCGGUAUAAACCACGUUGAGCAGGGUGGUGACAUCGGUGAUAACAAUCCGACCUAUCAGACGGCUCCGUCUGGUCCGGCCAGUGAUCGACCGCCGGCCUCGAGUGGCAACUAUGAUCACGUUGCGCGACCCUCGGCCAGCGGGUACGACGGUGGAUCGGGACGACCGACGGCACCCGGUGGCUAUGAUCCACCAACCGGACCUUCCGGUUCAGCGGCUCAGACCGGAUCGGGCUACCCGGAUGGUGGCCGCCCGACCGGUCAGGGUUACGACGAGGAAAGUUUCGAUGGCAAACGACCGACGACACCAUCGAGUGUACGGCCACCAACCUCGACCACGGAUCGUUCACCGAGCGGUAUCGGUGGCGAUGAUUCGAAUUCGCGCGAAAAGUAUCCCCCUCCGGGGUUGGCGGACGAUCCGGAGCAUGAGCUCGGUGGGUACGGUGAUGACACGAUCAUUGGUCUCGUACCACCAAAGUACGACUUUGAGUCGGCCUCGGGACCGGGCUCUCCGUCCGAUGACGGCGCAGACGAUGAUCAGUCAGGAUCCCCACUGUCAGGGCCAUUCGAUGUUGGCAUCUCGAGCGGUCCUUCCGGACCGGCACCGUAUCCUAGCUUCGGUGAGUCGGCCGCCCCGGACACGAACGCGUACAAUUCGAACGAUUUCGCCAGUUUUCCCGAGGUGUCGUACGAUCAGAAGAAGCUGGAGGAUGAUCGAAAGAAAGAUUGGCGGGAUUUUGCCAAAGAUUCAACCAUCAUCAAGAACGUGGGCGACUGGUACGUUGGGUUGGCACCGGGUGCAUCCGUCCGUGCGCACAUACAGAACAUCGAUCUGCUGCCGUACGGUGGCAGGGCUCCUUCUCCUGGCGAUGCUCUGCGGCGUGACACUCAAGCGCAAGCCGGUCAGAGGACAGAUGGUAGCGAUCGAACGAAGCAACGGCAGCAGUACGCAGACCGGCGACAUUACUCAUCCGAAGCACAGGCUAGCCGGGGUUAGAAGGUUUACUUAGUUUUGUAAAUAAAUUAUUGCAAAU